AUCGCGAUCCCCGCGGUCCGCGGUACGUGCGCUGGUGCCUGCUGCUCUCGACGCGGCCUCGACGGCCGCCCGGCUGUCCGCUGUUGAGUUUUUAAGGACGAAUUCGGGAUUCAGGGUGACUUCGACAUCGAAGACGGGGAUGCGGGUUAAUUUGUAAGGAGAAUCCAACUGCACGUCACAUGAUUUUAAGUUGCUAGUCUGCAAGAGCCUAAAAUAUCCCUGAUGGAUUUUUAACAAAACGCCGAUGUGAAUCUCUAAUUGUUAAAGGGAUUAACUAUUUAAACGGGAGGACACGCUACGAGCGUCGGGUGUAACGUCGAGUUAUCCUUUCGACAGCAGAAUGGAAUGCCUGGACAGAAUCAGUCAUCCCAGUUCAUGGGUGAGGGAGAAGUACCAGGAGGUUCAGAAACUGCUGAAAGAGCAUGAAACGAGGUGUGAUCUGAAUAAGCUUUACGAGAAGAAGUCCAAGGCCUUGGAGAUUCUAAUGGAGAUCCUGGAGGCGCUCACGCACUGCAAGGAGACCCUCUGCACCGUGGCGACCGCGAUAACUCACCUGAACAUCGGUAUACUGCAGGCUGACAUGGAGGCCUCGGGACUCGCCACUGAAUGCUUCAAGAAAUGCAUCGACCUGCUGGAGGAGAGCAGGCUGACGCCCGAGGGCAUUCUACCGGCCAUAAGCGCCAACAAUCAGCUGGGUCUGAUCUACGCGCAGCGAGGCUCGUACGAGGAGGCCAAGGAUUUCCUGAAACUGGCGGAAGAACUGUACGUCAAGUUUACGGAGGACGCGAGAGGACUCGAACCCGUUCACAUGGUGACCAUCAUGGGGAUCGAGGAGAUCGAAGGAGACUUGUGCGCCAAGAGUAUCCUCGAGAAGCUGCAUACGCUGACGCUGUACUACCUGGCACAGGUCUGCCGCGAGCUGGACGACAAGGGCAGUUUCGCCCUGUACUGUCACCGGACGCUGAGCAAGCAGCUGAGCCAGAAUAAGAUCACGCGGGACUUGGACUACGUCGACUGGGCUUUGAACGCCGCGACGAUAUCCCAGUAUUUCAUAGAGCAGGACAAGUUUCCACAGGCGAGGCAUCAUCUGGCCGCGGCGUCCUGCAUACUUGAGAAGUACUCAGAAAUUCUCAAGGCGAAGGGCACUAGGGAGACGAGCGAGAGCCUCGCCGCGGAAUACGAGAAUUACGAUCACAGAUCGGCGAGCAUCGCCAGAUGCUGGGCGAAGUAUGGUAUCGCGUUGCUGGGUGCGUCCAGGGAGAGGUUGCUGAAGAGAGCCGAGCAGGAGGAUCCUCAGGAUCCCCCGAAGCCCGCGAAGGUUUCCAACGACGUCCGCAACAAGUACCCGCAAACCGAAACCAUGGAGGACCCGAGAUUCGUGGAUCUGGAACCGGAAUUGGCGCCGAUCGCCAACGAGAUCACGGAUAUGUAUUUGUUGGACUUCAACGACGCCAGGCCGGUGUUCCUGAACGUUCGGAAGUGGCUAGACCGGGCGAAGGAGUACUACACCUUCGAGAAUCACGCGUCGGAUUACGCGUGGAUCGCCCAGGACCUCUCGCAGGCGUACAAGUACCUGGCGUUCUUCGAGGACAACGAGGACCGGCAAGCGAGGAUGCACAAACGGCGGAUAGACACUCUGGAGGAGGUGAUCGAGGGCCUGUGCCCGCGGUUCUACCGCGUCGUCUGCCGGGAGAUCUGGAUCGAGCUCGCGGAAACGUACUCGGAAAUCCUGGACCUAAAGAUCGAUCGUCUGCAGGCGUCCGAUGAGAAGCCGACGGCGCAGAUGGUCGCGAAAAUCGAGCGCCUGGCGCGAAACAGCAUAAAGCACUACCAGUCGUACUUGAACUCGCUGGAGACGAGCAAGUCCGAGAGCGGAGUCGAGUCCUUCCCGGACGAUCAGCUGUACUCGGCGUUGUACACUUACUUCCACGUAGGAAGACUGUACAACAAGAUCAUAACUACCGAUGUGCAGCAGAAGAUAGAAAAUAUGCAGAACAGCGUAGACGCGUACAGCUUCGUCGUCAACUACUACGACAAGCAUCCUGAGAAACAGGAGAAGUUAGAUAAAUACGAAUUUAUAAAAUUAUCUAAAGAAUUCGUCACGUUGCUGCCGCUUACGUUAGACAGAUUGAAACAGCAACAAAUAAAUCAGUAAUGUUGUUUUCUUUUUUCCUUCGUCUCAUAUUUCUAUGAAAAAAAAAAUGUAAAAUAUUUUGUUAUAUUUUCUUCUGUGUGCAACAUUUAAAAUAAAAUAAAAAUUCUUAUACAUUUGUAGAGUCAGCUCAUUCGUAUUUAUUUUUUAAUGUAUUCAAUAUUGCCAUACAUUAGAAAUUAAAGUAAUAAACUAGUUAAUGUAAGUUAAUUGAAAUUUUAUCAAAGUGAACAACAAUAAAAUAUAUAAAUGA